GACUGGUGCCUCUCGAGCUUGAGGGUCUCGUGGCCUCCAUGGUCUACAUCGGUGUCGUGAGCGGCAGCUUUGCCAGUGACCCGAUCGGCGACAUGCACGGGCGGCGAGCCGGAUGCUGCGGUUGGAACCCCAGCGGACAAGACAUCUCCGUGGAUUUCUCGAUGCUCUGCCGCCUGCAGACACUGGUCGGCGCGAGUAUGGGCAGCGGCCAGCUGGCCUGCCGGGCCCUGCUCACGGAGACGACGCCCGCGAACGGCCGUGUGGUCCUCCCUAGCCUGGACUUCUGCCUUCGGCCUCCGCGGCCGCUCUCCGCUUCCCCCAGAUCCAGUGCGCCCAGUGCC